AUCGCAUCGCCACGAAUCGUUCGUAGCGAUUAAAAAGUGAAGCGACACGAGUCACCACGGACGCAAGGAGAAAGCGCCAACGGAAAACCGUUUAUGACAUUUGAUCGGAGAAGAAAUGGCGAAAUCGAGCGCCGACGAUGCCGAGCUUCGGCGAGCAUGCCAGCUCGCGGUUGAGGGCACCAAGCAAAAGGUCAUUCUAUGCAUUCGGACCGUCAAGACCCACGGCACGUGGGGAAAAUCUACUAAGAUUCGUCAAAUGGCUAAGCCUAGGGUUCUCGCUCUAUGCACAAAAGCGAAAGGUCAGCGGACAAAAGCUUUUCUUCGAGUUUUAAAGUAUUUAAGUGGAGGGGUGCUUGAGCCUGCUAAGUUAUACAAGCUGAAGCACCUCUCAAAAAUGGAAGUUGUAACAAAUGACCCCAGUGGAUGUACAUUUACACUGGGGUUUGAUAACCUUAGAAACCAGAGCGUGGCUCCUUCACAGUGGACAAUGCGCAAUACGGAUGACAGAAAUCGCCUCCUGCUUUGUAUCUUAAAUAUCUGCAAAGAUGUCCUGGGUCGCUUACCGAAGGUUGUUGGUAUCGAUGUUGUGGAGAUGGCUCUUUGGGCUAAGGAAAAUACACCUGCAGUUUCCGCUCAAAGUAACGAACACGGUGGUGCUUCUAUUGCAUCUUCUGUGAAUGAAUCAGAAUUGAAAGUCUAUGUUGAAAAGGAACUUGUCUCCCAGGCAGAGGAAGAGGACAUAGAGGCUCUUCUGGGAACUUAUAUCAUGGGUGUUGGUGAAGCAGAGGCAUUUUCUGAAAGGUUAAAAAGAGAGCUCAUGGCUCUGGAAGCAGCAAAUGUGCAUGCCAUUUUAGAAAGUGAACCUUUGAUAGAUGAGGUGUUGCACGGGCUUGAGUCAGCAACAAAUUGUCUGGAAGACAUGAAUGAAUGGUUAGGCAUGUUCAACGUAAAACUUCGUCACAUGAGGGAAGAUAUUGAAUCAAUUGAAACCCGCAAUAACAAAUUGGAAAUGCAAAAUGUAAAUAACAAAUCUCUUAUUGAAGAGCUUGAUAAGCUUCUUGAGCAAUUGAGUAUCCCUGCAGAGUAUUCAGCAUGUUUGACAGGAGAUUCAUUUGAUGAAGCAGAAAUGCAGCAAAACAUAGAAGCAUGUGAGUGGUUGACAACUGCCAUGCGUGGUCUAGAAAAGCACAUAGAUCCUACUUAUGUAAAAAUGAGAGGAGUUAAAGAGAAGCGAGGAGAACUUCAAAUAAUAAAGUCUACUUUUGUUGGGAAAGCUUCUGAGUACAUGAGAAAUUACUUCGCUACUUUUGUGGACUUUAUGUUGAAUGAUAAAAAUUACUUCUCUCAGCGAGGGCAGUUGAAAAGGCCAGAUCAUGCUGACUUGAGGUUCAAGUGCAGGACAUAUGCACGCCUUCUUAAACAUUUAAAGAUUCUUGAUAAGAAUUGUUUGGGUCCACUGAGAAAAGCCUAUUGCAGUUCUCUAAACUUGCUUCUUCGCAAGGAGGCCCGGGAAUUUGCUAAUGAACUUCGUGCUGGUGUGAAAACUUCUAAAACCCCCUCUGUUUGGCUUGAUGUCUUCACGGGUUCUGGUCAAAAUGUAAAUGCUGCUGACACUGCAACAGUUUCUGAUGCAUAUGCAAAGAUGCUCACGAUUUUUAUCCCACUCUUGGUGGAUGAGAGCGUGUUUUUUGCACACUUCCUGUGCUUUGAAGUUCCUUCAACUGUUAAUGGUAAUAAAACUACACACAACAAUGAGGAUGAUGAUGGUGUUGCAUCUGGUAGAAUGGCUGUGGAUCUUGCAUCUUUAAAUGAAGCACUUCAGGAUUUGCUUGAUGGACUUCAAGAAGACUUCGGUUCUGUUGUGGAUUGGGCAUACAAGAUUGAUCCUUUGUGCUGCAUAUCAAUGCAUGGAACUACAGAGCGCUAUCUCUCAGGUCAGAAAGGUGACGCAGCAGGAUAUGUACGCGUUUUGCUUGAUGACUUGGAGGCUCGCAUAUCCUUUCAGUUCGGUCGAUUUGUGGACGAUGCUUCCCAUCAAAUUGAAAGAAAUGAGCGCAAUGCUCGCCAAACAGGUGUCCUACCAUACAUUCCUAGGAGUUCAAGAAGUAACAUAUGGAGGUGCAGGAAGAAACUGUCCAAAAUCUUACGUAGUUUUGUCCAACUUAUCUGUAUAUGGCGGCCCAAUGACAAAGUUGCUGAAAGCAGGCACAUCAGCUUUAUUAGGGGUCGUCAUGGGUUAGCCACGAAGAGAAAAACAGUCAAACAGUGUGGAAAACAGUUAAACAGAAAUCAACCAGCCAAACAGUGUCAGAAUGGAAGAAGGACCAAAAAUCCAAAACCAAACCAACAGGGCGAGUCUUGUUGCAAAAAGGAUUUGCUGGAAAGCUCAUUAGAAGUCAUCGACAAUGAAGAGUAUUAUCGGAGAUUUGCAGCCCUUGCAACGCGGAUGGAGCAGUUUGUUGCAGGACAGUCGAGGGAUUUGGUUGACCAAGCAUACACAAAAUUUGUCAGCAUAAUGUUUGUAACUUUAGAAAAAAAUGCACAAGCAGAUCCAAAGUAUGCAGAUAUUUUUCUUAUAGAAAACUAUGCGGCAUUUCAGAAUAGUUUGUAUGACCUUGCAAAUGUUGUGCCAACUUUAGCGAAGUUUUAUCAUCAGGCUAGUGAAGCCUACGAGCAAGCUUGUACACGCCAUAUCAGUGUGAUUAUCUACUAUCAAUUUGAACGCCUUUUCCAGUUUGCUCGAAAGAUCGAAGACUUGAUAUUGAAUAAUGUCGCACCUGAAGAGAUUCCUUUCCAAGUUGGGCUGUCAAAAGCGGAUCUACGGAAGACGUUAAAGUCCAGUUUAUCCGGGGUGGACAAGUCCAUUGCUGCCAUGUAUAAGAAGUUGCAGAAAAACUUGACUUCUGAGGAACUCUUACCUUCCUUAUGGGAUAAAUGCAAGAAAGAUUUUCUUGAUAAGUACGAAACUUUUGUCCAACUUGUUGCCAAGAUAUACCCUGCUGAGUCAGUCCCUUCUGUGGCGGAGUUGCGAGACCUUUUAGCUUCCAUGUAAACCUUUAUUUAUACACAUUCUAUCAUUUUUCCAAUUUUUUUUUUUGUUUGGCCUGUAAUCACUUUUACCACAACGUAAUUGGAUUUACUUGAACAUAAAUGCAUCCUAAAAGGAAUGCUGUCAAUAUUUAGCUCA